AUGUUUCAGAAAAAAUUAUUUACCCUGAUUUUUAUACGGCAUGAUAGUCAAAUACUUUUAGGGUUAAAAAAGCGAGGUUUCGGUCAAAAUAAAUGGAAUGGGUUCGGUGGUAAAAUAGAGCCCAACGAAUCCGUUAUUGAAGCAGCGGUUCGUGAAUUGAGAGAGGAAUCUUGUUUGACUGUCAAAACAACCGAUAUAAAGCACAUUGGUCAUUUAGAAUUUACAUUCGAAGGUGAUUCUACGAUGAUGGAUGUAAGAGUCUUCUCGUCCAGUAUUUUUGAAGGAACACCAACAGAAACUGAGGAAAUGAUUCCAAAGUGGUUUGACUGUGAUAAGAUACCAUUUUAUGACAUGUGGCCAGAUGAUAGUUUCUGGUUUCCAUAUAUGUUGCAGGUGGACCCUGGUAAAGCUUGUGGAGAGCCACUACAUGCUCAGCAUGUUAUGAUAGACUUCAGUCCUCGCCCAGAAGACACAGAUGAAGUACAAGAAAGAUGCGUAGAUCUAUGGAAUAUUAUUAACAGUACGAGUACAACUCAUUUGAAAGAAGUUAAUCAUCCGAGAAUUGAUGAAGUCAUACCCGAAGAGACUUCCAACGGUUCUACAAAAAGUAAAGAAGAAUUCGUUAUAAAUGAAAAUAGUAAGGCGUUUCCAGCCAUACAUGCAGUUAAACAAUUACAGGCAAAAGGUGCCGUAAAAGCGGCUCUCGAAACGAACGUCAUGAAAACUGCCACAUCCUGA